AUGCCACCAGCCGACAAUAACCACAUCCAAUCCGCCUGGAAAAUCAUCCCCCAUUUCCACUCCUCCAACAUCCAAGCCACAGUCCACUUCUACACCACCAUCCUCGGCUUCACAAUCGGCGGCAUCCAUACCGACGACCAGUCCGGCGAGCAGCAGGCGACCUUCUGCUCGCUCUUCGCGGGCGACAAAGCAGCCGCCAAUAUCUACUUCUCCAGCACUGUCAAUCCAUCAUCGGCGUGGGUGGCGUUGGGCACGGAAGAGUUGGAUGAGUUCUAUCGGGUGUUGAAGGCGGGUGGGGAGGCUGAGAUUGUGGAGGAAUUGGGGGAUAAGGAGUGGGGGUAUCGACAGUUUGGGAUUAGGGAUGGGGAUGGGAAUAGAGUGACGUUUUUUAAGUUUUUGGAGGGGGGGAAUCCGGGGGUGGAGGGGGAGUGA